GUUACAUGACAGCUUCACCCUCACAACUUCUGUGGCAUUUGUGUUUGUUAGAGCAACGUCUUUUCACAAAAAAGGAAAAGAGAGACACAUAAAGGAUUUUGGAAAACAUCCGGAGUGUGAGCCUUUUCAAUGUUUAGCUGUUUGGAUAGCGGAAGCGAGGCCAUUUACAGUGAAAAGACGGCAAUACGGCAUACAGCAGAGCUACAGAAGCCACUACGUGGAGCCACUGCCAUCUCAAAGAGCUAAGUGAAAUACACUGAGGCAUCAGACGCCUGCACAUUAACUUAGCACAUUAUAUGUGAUUUAACUGAAUCAAAAUGACUGAAAACAAAUCUCGCAAAAGUUACACUCAGUCAUUCGCCUCAAGUAAAUCUUCAUCACACGCAAGCUCAAAGGCGAGCAUUGAACUGCUAAGAGCUAAAGCAAGAGCAGAAGCUGCCCAAGCCAGGGCUUCCUACGCACAAAAAGAAAUUGAAAUAAAAGUUGAACAAGCUCGUUUACAAGCCACUCUUGAUGCACUUAGAGCUGAGCAAGAAAAGGAGGCUGCUUUAGCCGAAGCUAAUGCUCUUGAAGCUGGCCUACAUGAAUUAGGCCUUGAAACACGCAGUGAAACUUAUGAGAUCUCUCUGCCUGAUAACCAGCAACAACGAACUGCCCAAUAUGUUUUAGAGCAAGCUACUGUCGCUGCAGCUCAACAGAUCAGUUUCCCCAAGGCUGAUAAUCUCUCUCGAACACCUCCUUCUCAGUCAGAAGACGUAAAGCAAGAAGAUAUGUCAAGCCACCUGUUAAACAGCGCUGCACUCGACAACAGCCUCAAUGCACGUCAGUCAGCUAGCUUUAAACCACUCAUGCCUGUUAUCCAAACUGCUCCUAAAGCAUUCAAUCACAGUGAAUGUGCGCCAACUCAGCCAACCUACGACCUUGCCAAGUACCUCGCCCGCAGUCAGCUCAUAACCAUCGGUCUUUCUGCCUUCGACGACCAGCCGAUGAACUACUGGGCGUGGAAAUCAUCUUUCAAGAACGCUGUAGCAGGGCUAGACCUUUCCGCGGUAGAAGAGCUUGAUUUGCUAAUCCGGUAUCUUGGAAAAAACUCAGCCAGACAAGUCAAACAGAUGAAAGCAGUGAACAUCAGGUGCCCUGAAACUGGUUUGAGAAUGGCCUGGGAAAGACUUGAAGAAACAUAUGGCUCUGUAGAGGCUAUAGAACAAGCGCUGUUCUAUAAGAUAGAAAGCUUCCCCAAAAUCGCAACACGAGAACCUUUCAAACUUCAAGACCUGGCUGAUCUACUAUUAGAGCUCGAGGCUGCUAAGCUUGAUGGUUACUUAUCUGGCAUGUCGUAUUUAGACACAUCUAGGGGGAUCCAACCGAUCGUUGACAAAUUGCCUUACAACAUACAGGAGAAGUGGAUGGCCUACGGCUCCAAGUACAAGCGUGACCAUGGUGCCAGCUUUCCACCUUUCACCGUUUUUGCCAACUUCAUACGUAUUGAAGCCAAAAUACGUACUGACCCCAGUUUCAACCUGUACAGCUCUAACCAGCCAGCACCUGAAAGAAAAUAUGGUCCUAAAACACCCAUAUCCGUUCAUAAAACUCAAGUGUCAUUAGAGGACAAGUCAGAGGGAGAAAAGAUGAAAACGCCAGCAAACCCAAACAAACAAUGUCCGGUUCACAAUAAACCCCAUCCAUUGAAACGUUGCAGAGGAUUCAGAGAGAAAUGUCUGGAUGAACGGAAACAGAUUCUCAAGAAGUUCAACGUCUGCUUUCGUUGCUGCUCAUCCUCCGAUCACCUAGCAAAGAACUGCACCGCAGAAAUUGUAUGUACAGAAUGUGGCAGUAAUACUCACAUCGAUGCCCUCCAUCCAGGUUCUGCUCCCUGGGAGUCUAAAGCGUCCCUUCCCAUCACAAGGCAAGGCGGGGAGAACGACAAAGCGGACACCCAAGAAGUUACUUCGAGCUGCACUGAGGUCUGCGGAGAAGGUGUGAGUGCAAGGGAAUGUUCAAAGAUAACGCUGGUGAAUGUGUACCCUGCUGGUCAGAAGGAGCUGACAAGAAAAAUGUACGCAAUCUUGGAUGAACAGAGCAACCGCUCACUUGCUCGCUCUCAGUUCUUUGACCUGUUUCAGAUCCAAGCAACAAGUCAUCCCUACGUGCUAAGAACGUGCGCUGGGCUCACAGGAGUAACAGGAAGAAGAGCUUGUGGCUUCAUGGUAGAGUCAGUGAACGAAAAGUUAAACAUUCCUCUGCCGACACUCCUCGAAUGCAAUGAAAUUCCUAACAACCGUUCAGAAAUUCCUACACCAGAAGCUGCACGUCAUCACUCUCAUCUGCAACAGAUCGCUGACAUGAUCCCGCCACUAGAACCCACAGCUGACAUACUGCUUUUGCUCGGCAGAGAUGUUCUAAGGGUGCAUAAAGUCAGACAGCAAAUAAACGGACCAGGUGACUCCCCAUUUGCUCAAAGACUUGAUUUAGGAUGGGUGGUGGUAGGUGACGUCUGUCUGGACGGAGUGCAUAAACCUUCACAAGUCAAUGCCUACAAAACCUUCAUCCUCGAGAAUGGCCGCACAAGCUAUUUCCAACCAUGCAGCAGUCAAAUCAGAGUCAAAGAGACGUUCACAGAGGUUCCAGAACACCUUCACAGCUCACCACAAAUCGUCCCAAGUGUUCACAGUCCAACGUAUAAUGUGGACAACGUCGGCCAUCAGAUUUUUGCACGUACAGCAGAUGAUCACAAACUUGCUCCUUCAUUCGAGGACGCACAGUUUCUCCAAAUCAUGGACUCGGAGUUUUAUCAGGACAGUGAUAAUAGCUGGGUGGGCCCCUUACCCUUCAAGUCGCCACGACAACGGCUUCCCAAUAACAGACAACUGGCUAAUGACCGGCUCAUGUCUCUCAGACGCACUCUAGACAAACGUCCUGAAAUGAAGGCACACUUCAUCGAGUUUAUGGAAAACAUGCUCAGCAGAGGACACGCAGAAGUUGCGCCACCUCUUGAAAGGAAUCAAGAAUGCUGGUACCUUCCUCUGUUUGGAGUUUAUCACCCUAAGAAACCUGGCAAAAUCAGAAUUGUGUUCGACUCAAGUGCUCCUUACGAAGGAGUUUCGCUCAAUGAUGUGUUGCUAACAGGCCCUGACCUCAACAAUAGUCUCGUGGGUGUACUAAUGAGGUUCAGAAAGGAACAAGUCGCGACAACAGCUGAUAUUGAACACAUGUUUCACUGUUUCGUCGUCAAAGCCAACCACAGAGACUUUCUCCGCUUCCUAUGGUACAAAGAUAACGACAUUUCUUCAGAAGUCGCUGAAUACCGUAUGUGCGUGCACAUAUUUGGAAACAGUCCUUCACCUUCUGUCGCAAUGUACGGCCUGAAAAGAGCUGCAGCUAGUGGUGAAGAGGAUUAUGGAAGUGAUGUAAGACAGUUUAUUGAGCGAGAUUUCUACGUUGACGAUGCUUUGAGGUCAUUUCCUACUGAGGAGGAAGCAGUCCACGUCCUCAAACGAGCACAAAGCACCCUUGCAUCUUCAAACCUCAGACUACACAAAAUCACGUCAAACCGUUCAUCUGUCUUAGAGGCCUUUCCACCUGAGGACAGAGCGAAAGACAUCGAGAACUUAGAUUUGUGUGCUCAAGAUCUACCAGUUCAACGCAGUCUAGGGCUGUUAAGGAAUAUUGGUACAGACUCUUUCGUAUUCAACUUCGAUGAAGAUCAAAAACCCUUUACACGUAGAGGCGUCCUCUCUACUGUUAAUAGUCUGUACGACCCACUUGGGUUUCUCGCCCCAAUCACGAUCCAAGGCAGAUUCAUCCUGAGAGAACUCAACACAGUUACAGCAGACUGGGAUACAGCUCUUCCAGACAACAUGAAUGCAGAGUGGAGUAACUGGAAAAACUCACUCCAAGACUUACAAGGUCUGAAAAUACCACGUCCAUACACAUCCAUUUCCACAGUGAGUGCUCAGAAAAAAGAACUUUGUGUAUUCGCCGACGCCUCUGUGAAAGCCAUUGCUGCUGUUGCCUACAUAAAAGUAUCCACUGCAGACAAAACAGAAGUGGGCUUUGUAUUCGGUAAAGCAAAGCUGGCUCCUCAGGCAGGUCUGACCAUCCCGAGGUUGGAGUUAUGCGCAGCGGUUCUCGCAGUCGAAGUUGCAGAACUAGUUGUUGCAGAAAUGGACAUUACAUUCGACAACAUUGAAUUUUACACGGACAGUAAAGUUGUUCUAGGGUACAUAUACAAUCAGUCCCGAAGAUUUUAUGUGUACGUGCAUAACAGAGUGCAACGCAUUCUCCAAUCAGCACGUCCCAACCAGUGGAAAUACAUUCCAUCUGAGCUCAACCCAGCGGACUAUGGGUCCCGGUCUGUACCAGCUGCACAGCUUAGCACCACAACGUGGUUAGAAGGACCAGCUUUCCUAACCAAGUCUUCUGUGCAGUUUCCAUCUCCAGACACGUACCAUCUUGUUGAUCCUGCCCUCGACACAGAAAUACGUCCCGCAGUGACAACAAACUUCACUCGUGUGACAACGUCUACACUAAGUCCCACACGCUUUGAAAAGUUCUCCAACUACAGGAAUCUUCUCAGAGCACUAGCUUGUCUAAUCCACGUGGCUCAUUGUUUUCACCACUCCAACCAAACUUCUAGCUGUCACGGUUGGCACCGCUGUCGACCUACAGAAGAAGAGCUGAUUAAAGCCAAAGUUUGUGUUGUAAAGACUGUUCAAUACGAGUGCUACAAAGAAGAAUUCAGAUGCAUACAAGAGAAGACCAAAAUACCUCCCUCAAGCAGUCUUUGGAAACUGAACCCCAUUCUCGACAAAGACGGACUUCUAAGAGUAGGAGGUCGUAUUACACAGUCUGAACUUGGUAUUGACAUCACCAACCCUCUCAUCAUCCCAGCGCGGCACCACUUCGCUAUGCUUCUAAUACGCCACUACCAUGAGUCUGUGAAACAUCAGGGGAGACAUUUCACAGAAGGAAAUUGCGAGGUAAAACAGAAUGUCAACAAAUGGGAGAAUUGCCAUGUGAGCGAAUCCAAGUGGCACCCCCUUUCACAUAUGUCGGCGUCGAUGUUUUCGGACCAUGGGAUGUCAUGUCGCGUCGUACAAGAGGAGGACAAGCUAACUCCAAAAGAUGGGCAGUGA